GUCGUCGAACAUUAUGACGGAUAUUGUGUAUCCAGCGGGAUGUAGACCGCUGUCCGAAGAUCUGGGCACAGAUGAACUGAUACGAAGAUUAAAGACACUGGCAAAUGUCUUGCAGGCCAUGGGCCAGGAUGAUGGUGUUUAUCAACAGUAUAUACCACUAUCACUGCAACUGGCCGAUGACCAUUUCUUGCAACAUCCUUCGCGGGAUGUCCAACUGUUGGUGGCCUGUUGUAUUGCCGAUGUAUUGCGUGUCUAUGCUCCCGAAGCACCCUACAAGGAUCAGGACCAAGUCAAAGUUAUUUUCCUUUUCUUUAUUAAACAAUUGUAUGGUCUCAAGGACCCUAAAGAUCCCUCGUUCAAACGUUAUUUCUAUUUGUUGGAAAAUCUGGCUUAUGUCAAGUCGUUUAAUAUGUGCUUCGAACUGGAAGAUUGUGCAGAGAUUUUUUGCCAACUAUUUGGCAUGAUGUUUAAAAUAGUCAAUGAGGAGCAUAGCACCAAAGUGAAGAAUUUCAUGAUCGACAUAAUGAGUCCUCUCAUAAGUGAGGCAGACAACUUUACCACAGAUAUAUUGGAUUUAAUCUUAAUAAAUAUUGUGGAGCCCCGAAAAUCACAAAACAAAUACGCUUAUCAAUUGGCCGAGCAAUUGAUUAUCAAGACAGCCGAUUCAUUAGAAACUAUAAUCAAAAUGUUUUUCAAUCAGGUUCUGGUUUUAGAUAAAAUCGACAAAAACUAUGAAAUUUGCACUAAAGUUUAUGAUCUUAUCUAUGAGCUACAUCUAAUAUGUCCCAAUAUUUUGUGUUCGGUAUUGCCACAAUUGGAAUGUAAAUUGAAAUCAUCAAAUGAACAGGAACGGCUGAAAGCUGUGGCUCUUUUAGCUCGGAUGUUCUCCGAAAAAGAUUCACAAAUCUCGAAAAAACAUCCAAACCUAUUGCGUAUGUUCUUCGGCCGCUUCUGUGACAUAUCAUAUUCGAUACGCGUCAAGUGUGUCCAAUCCUCAAUGCACUUUCUGCUCAAUCAAGCCCACCUACGAGAAGAAGUCAUACAGUGUUUACGUGCCCGACAACAUGACUCCGAUGAAAAUGUUCGUUACGAAGUGGUCAUGGCUAUUGUAGAGACGGCCAAACGGGAAUUUUCCAUAGUAUGCGAAUCGGAAGAGCUACUGGACAUUGUACGCGAACGUACCUUAGAUAAAAAAUUCAAAAUACGUAAAGAGGCUAUGUUGGGUUUGGCCUUUGUCUACCGCAAAGCGAUAUGCGAACCAAAUGAUCUAUCCUCGGAGGUUAAGAAAAAUGUGGAAUGGAUAAAGAAUAAAAUCAUGCAUGGCUAUUAUAUGCCAACGCUGGAAGAUCGCCUGCAGGUUGAACGUUUGUUAAUUACAUCCCUAGUGCCCUAUAAAAUGGCUCCGCUGGAGCGUAUGAAACAAUUAUAUCAUCUGAUGGGCACAUUCGACGACAAUGCCACAAAGGCAUUCAUUGAAUUGCAAAAGAAUCAAAUGAAGACGCGCAAAACGGUGUUGGAGUGGGUGAAAUUGCACAAAACUAAAGACAUGACACCCUCAAUGCAAAGCCAGCUGAAUAUAAAACAGGCCAUCAUUUGUAAACUCUUGGCUGAUCCUUUAAAGGCUUCGGAAUUUAUUGGCAAGUUCAGUACGAAUAUGAGAAAAGAUCCAACGCUGCUGCGUUACAUGGAAAUCAUAUUGAAGCGGGAUGUUUCCUGCAAGGAGUGUGCGGACACCAUGUCAUUGCUGUUGAAAAAAUUGGGUACACCCAUUAUGACAAAUCUCUAUUAUCAGACUGUUAAAAUGUUAAUAGAACGAAUAGCAUCGGUAAUGAUUGACAAGGAAUCUUUGGGAAUUUUAAUUGGAUUAAUUGAGGAUUGUAUGCGUGGUGGUGAAACCUGCAAGGAAAUUGGCUUACCGGUAAAUGAGGCUGGUGAGCAAGGCCUUAAAUUGUUGACUGCUUUAUCGUAUUUAUUUUCUCCACACUUUUUCACCGACAAAUCCCUACGUCAUUUGAUCUCAUUACUGAGUUAUGACAACGACUACUCGGCGCCUUUAAUAUUGAAAUCUCUUACACAUCUCGGCCGCUAUAAACCACUAAUUUCCGUGGAUGCUGCCAUUUUGGAGGAAUUGGCACCCGUCUGCAAAGACUUUGCUGUGGAGGGAACACCAAAACAGGCCAAACAUGCGGUACGUUGCAUUUUUGUUAAUACCCAGGCCCAGUUGAAUGGUGGCACCGAACAUUUGGACACACCAAAGACUGUACAUCCCAUAUUCCACGAGAUAAUGGAUAAUUUGCGACUCACCCUCAAACCCAAUUGUCCACAACAACGGACAAAAGUGGUCACCAUGGGCCACAUAGCCUACAAUAUGCCCCGAGCAUUUGCCGAGAAAAUAAAGAACAUGAUUGCCCGGCGCAUUGUUAAGGAGUUGUUAAUACAACCAGUACCUGAAGAUAGGAUUUGUAAACGCAUCGAAGGAGAUUGGUGUGAUCAGGAGGAAUUGCCCACAGACACGUUGUGUAAACUGGAGGGCCUGAAAACAAUGGCCCGUUGGCUGUUGGGCUUGCGUGACGACGAAGCCUCGGCCAAGAAAACAUUUCGUAUGCUGAUAGCUUUUAUUCACCAUGGCGGUGAUUUGUUGGAUCACAAGCGUAUGUUUGCCGCCGAAUCGUCAUGGUUUAGGGCAGCCGCUGCCUGUGCGAUGUUGAAAAUAUGCGAACAAAAGGGUGUUGGUGAUCAGUAUACCGCCGAGCAGUAUUACAGUUUGGCACAGCUAAUGUGCGAUCCUGUGCCCCAAGUCAGAGAAAUGUUUGCCCGCAAAUUACACAAAGGUCUGAACAAGGGUUUGCCCAGCAAUUGUUUGCCAUUGGAUUUUAUGGGUUUCUAUGCAUUGUCGGGUCAUGAGACAGACAAAAAAUUAUUUGAACUGAAACGUCAAUUUUUGGAAGCUGAUGUCAACAAAAGAAGAGAAUAUCUCAAAACAAUACAAGCAACAAAUCACGAUGCAACAGAGGAACAACGUUUGCACAUAUUACCUGAUUUUAUAUUGGCUUUUGCCCUACCCAUACUUGUACACGAUCCACAUUUUACCAAUUAUGAGGAUCGCGGCCAAUUGAAACAAGUGGAAAAAUGUUUGCGUUUCAUUUUGGAACCCCUAAUGGCCAAGUCGGAAACAUUCUCAUACAGUUUCUACAAGAAUCUUAUUGAAAUGAUGAAAAAUCAUUAUGUUGUCACACCGAAUGCUGAAAAUCAGGCUUAUAAUUUGAAAUUGUGGGCCUGUUGCGAUCUCGCCAACUAUAUUAUCUGUUCCAAAAUGGGACAGUGUGAUUUAACGCCAAACAAAACAUUCAAUGUACCGAUUACAUUACCACCUCUAUAUUUCCAAGAGCCUCCACCGGAUGCUGCUGGAUUUCCAAAUACUAAAAUAUAUAUACCUUUUGAUACAUAUUCAAUAAUAACGACCUUAGGGACACAUAAGAAAGUAACAACAAAUGCCUUGAAACCCACCACCAGUGGUGGUCAGUCAUCAAUAAUAAAAAGUGCAGAAAAACGUCCAGCCUCAGAUCAUCUAUCAUCAAUAGAUCAAAAUUCUCUGGAAAAUGCCUCAUUAUUUGAGGCCAUGACGGAUGAUACAUCCGACCAACCAGUUACCAAAAAGGUACGAGGUGUUAUGCGUACCGGAAAAACGUAAACCCGUUUUUCCCCUCCAUAUAACAUUCUAAGCUAGCACUUAAGAUUCUUGGUAGAUCCAGUUUUUUAUAGCGCCGUCGUUUAGAACAGAACAAAUAUUUUUUGUAAAGAACAUUUGUUUAGUUUUCUUCAUUGUCGUCGUCAUAUUUUACACAAAG